AUGUGCGGUUCAGACAUCUUUCUAGCCAUCCUCGCGGUUUUCUUCCCCCCAGUGGCAGUGUGGAUCAAGGUAGGCAUCUGCACGGCCGACUCCGUCAUCAACCUUGCUCUCUGCUGCCUCGGCUACGUCCCCGGCCUCCUGCAUGCCUGGUACCUCAUCCUCAAGUAUCCCGAGCCGGAUUACGAUGACCCCAGCUACGAACCUCUACCGGGCCAGGGAGGGGAUGCCGAGAACGGUCGCGCAACGUACUACUAUGUCUCUCACCAGCCCAUCCAGCACCCAUCCCAGAGGGACUACGGCACUGUGCCCCCGCAACAUCCCCAAGCGCAUGCUCCGUCGCCGAACCGUCAGCAAAACGACCAAGCCGCGGGUAGCAGCAGCCAGGAUCCGAGUGACAGUCGGCCGCCUCCGACCUACGCUGAGGCUGUGAAGGGGGACCAUAAGAAAGUCCCCACCAGAAGCACGCAGAACCGCGGCGAUGCGAUCCCGCCCGCACCUUACGACCGACCGACCGGCCGACCGCCUUCUCUCCCGCGCCGACGACCAAACAAACCCACCCGGUCAACCACCCCAAACCAGCGUCUGGUCGACGACCUGUGGCCUCAGCACGCACCGGCCAUGCAGUCCAUGCCAUUGCUGCUCAGGCAGUCCCUCCGAUCCAGCCUCAAUCUCUCGCGAUCAACCCGCCCCGUGCGACGGCCGCUUCUGCCCGCCGUCGGUCCGAAAGCUCUUUACCCUCCUGCCUUCCCGCGGAGCUUCUCCGUCUGCCUACAAUGCCAGUUCCGGACACAGUCGUCGCUUUACUCGUCCCCGGAGACGGAUCCCCGGAAGGAGGGGAAGCCUGCUGAGCAGCCGAAGGAUACGGAUCCGAUCAUACUACCUCCUCCCGAGGGGCUUCAGACUUUAGAGACGGAUGCGGGGAGUCGGCCGACGACUCCCCCCGCUGCGGAGGGAGGGGAGAGUACACAGGGUGAGAGCCAGAGCCAGAGUCAAGGCCAGCAGGCUGAAGAAAAAGGAAAUGUCAAUACAGAAGGGACAAGGACAGGGACAGGAGCAGGAACAAAGAACGGAGGGGAAGGAGGAGGAUGGGGAGAAGGAGGUCUCCCAUCAUACCUGGAGAAUCGCAGGUCCCAAUUCUCCAAGCAAUUCAGCACGAUGAUGGAUAAUCUCCAGUCGAACGUCUUCGUGGCAGGCCAGCGAUUGAACGACUUUACCGGAUACUCAGGCAUUGAGUUACUGAAGAAGGACAUCCACGUCCAAGAGGAACGACUCCGCAACGCGCGCCUGCAAGUGCGCACAGCCAAAGACGCCUACGCGGCGGCCAUCAACCGACGCUCGACAUCGCAGCGGGAAGUUAACGAGCUCCUGCAGCGCAAACAUGCCUGGUCGCCCGUCGACCUGGAGCGAUUCACCCACCUCUACCGUAACGACCACACCAACGAGGUAGGCGAGAUGGAAGCCCAGGAGGCCUUGACCCAGGCGGAGCGCGAGGCCGAAGAGGCCGCCGCGCAGCUGAGCAAGAGCAUUCUGUCCCGCUACCACGAGGAGCAGGUCUGGUCCGACAAGAUCCGGCGCAUGAGUACCUGGGGCACCUGGGGGCUGAUGGGCGUCAAUGUGCUUCUGUUCCUGAUCUUCCAGAUUGCCGUGGAGCCGUGGCGGCGCAAGAGACUCGUCAAGGGCUUCGAAGAGAAGGUCAUCGAGGCGAUCGAGAAGGAGAAGGCUCUCGGUCAGGUCCAGAUCCUGGCUCUUCGGAAUGACAUGGCCCAGCAUGCUGCUUCUACCACUGCCGCCACUGCUGCUGCUGCCGCUGCCGUUGCUCCCUCCGAGACUCUGGAAAUCGAAAAUGCAGAGACUACCGAGCCGUCCGUCCUUUCUCCCAUUCCCAAUCCCGCCCCCGAGCCGACCACCGAAGAAGUCGUGAUCAUCCAAGACGAACCCGAGGCCACCACCACUCGGGAAACCGCCGACUCCCCCACGCCGACCACCACCACCACCACACCCACCGAGAACAAAAACACUCUGGACCACAUCCUGGACACCUACAAAACCCAACUCACGCACAUCUCCCCCUCCAUCGAAUCCUGCCGUCGGUACAUGAACGACCUCUUCAGCGAACGCCAAGUCGUGAUCACGCAACGGGACCUCUCCACCGUGGCCCUCCAAGGCGCGGCCGCCGGCGCAGCCAUCAUCAGUUUGCUGGCUGUUCUGGUCCGACAAUGGUAA